AUGAAUGCAUUAAUCUUCUUGUCGAGUGAUGAUAGUGAGGAAGAGGUUAAUGCAGUGAAUCUUGCGGUGCAUCGAAGGACAUUAAGGAGUAAUCUGGACUUGUUUGAGAUCUCCGAUGUAGCGUUUGUGUCCAAUUUUCGUGUGUCGAAGGCAUUGUUCACUGCAAUACACAGUAAAAUUGCAUCAUGUCUUGCUCGGAAACAUAUGCGUGGGUUCUCAUCGCAAGACAAACUGGCGGCAACUUUAAAAUUUCUUGCCCAACGGUCAUACCAGCAAGGUGUUGGUAACGACUUCACCGUUGCAAUUGGUCAAUCAAUGUUUUCCGAUAUUUUUCACGAAACGUUGUGCGCCCUUGAAAAGGAAAUCGGUAUCGAAGUUACUGUAGAAAUGACCCAAGGAGAAAAAGCUGCAGCAAGACGGUAUUUUUAUGAAAAGUCUGGGAUUCCGGGAGUUGUGAUGUGUGUGGAUGGAACCCACAUCAGAAUCACUGCACCAAAAGACAACAAAGAAAGUUUUUACAAUCGCAAGGGAUUUUACAGCAUGAAUGCAAUGAUGCUUUGUGACCGUCGGAAGCUAAUUCGAUUUGUCAAUGCAAAGUUUCAUGGAUCACAUCAUGAUUCAUACGUUUACAGCAACAGUCCUGUUGCUAACUACUUCGAGGAAAAAUGGAGGAAUGGUGAAAGGCAGUUUAAACUAUUAGCUGAUUCUGCAUAUCCCUCGAAGCCCUGGAUCAUCAAACCUCAUCGCAAUGCUAACCAAAACAGUCCGGAAGCAGAAUUCAAUGAAAAACAUGCUAAAGCACGAUCCAUCAUUGAGAGAACGUUUGGAAUGCUCAAAAACAAAUUUCAAUGCCUCUGCACAACAUGUGCAUUAUGCACGGAUUGA